AUGUCUGGCAUGCCUGCUCAGCAAGGCCACUCGGCCGCCUGCUGUAACAUCCCGCCCGUCGUUUCCAAGGGCUACAGCCCCAAGGGUUCGUACGAGGAGCUCGGCGGAUACAAGAGCUACGUCACUGGCCCCGACUCCGCCGCCAAGGGCAUCAUCGUCAUCUUUGACAUCUUUGGCUACUUUCCCCAGACCCUCCAGGGCGCCGACAUCCUCUCGAGCUCGCACGACCACGAAAAGUUCAAGGUCUUCAUUCCGGACUGGUUCAACGGCGAGCCCUGCCCCAUCGAGAUCUUCCCGCCCGACACGCAGGAGAAGAAGGACCAGCUCGGCGCCUUCUUUGGCAAGUUCCCGCCCCCCGGCAUCGCCUCCAAGGUGCCCGCGUACGCAAAGGCGGUUGCCGACAAGAACCCGCACAUCAAGUCCUGGGCCAUCCUGGGUUACUGCUGGGGCGGCAAGGUCACGACGCUCGUCACCUCCUCUGACGAGAACCCCUUCAAGGCUGCUGCCAUUGCCCACCCGGCCAUGGUCGACCACUCCGAGGCCGAGAAUAUCAAGGUCCCGUUCUGCAUGCUCGCCUCCAAGGACGAGCCGGCCGACGAGGUCAAGAAGUUCGAGGACACGCUCAAGGUCCCCAAGCACGUCGAAAUCUUUGGCGACCAGAUCCACGGCUGGAUGGCCGCCCGGUCCGACCUCGAGGACAAGCGCGUCAUGGACGAGUACAUCCGUGGUUACGAGACUGUUCUCAACUUCUUUGCCAAGCACGUCUAG